AUGGGCUCCCAGAACAUUUCUCCCCCUCCGCCCGAGGACAUCAAGGGAAAGAAGCCCGCCUCAAAGUCCACCAAGCCUACUCAUCGCGCUUCCAAGCGUGCCAACACCGCCACUGCUGCUCACCACCAUGAUAUCAUUACCGGCGCAGCUGCCAUGGACGGCCGCCACAAGAGAGUAUGGAAGGCUUGUGAGCGCUGUCGAAUGAAAAAGACAAAGUGUGACGGCGAGUUUCCUUGUAAGCGCUGUAAGGAUGACGGGCUAGUCUGUACCGCUGGCAUCCGCAAGAAGAUGGAGUACAAACAGUUGCCUCGAGGCUACGCCGAAGUCCUCGAGAACACGCAGUUCACUCUCAUUGCCACCAUCCACAAGCUCUACUCCAUGGUCCGCAGCUCACAACCUUGGGAUCUCGGCGAGCCAGACCUCAACGACCGCGGCCAGCCUGUCGUGCACAAUAUUUCGCAAAAGCUUGGCUGCAUCCGUCCCAACUCGGACAUUGACCUCCCCGUUCACUCAGUAUUCCCCGAAGAUGAGUCCAGCAUGGCUGAGCUCGCCCGCCAGCUCGAGGAGCAGCAACCGCACGACCCGGAUGCGUCCGGCUCCAAUCCUCUCACCACGGCCGUAGAGGGUGAAUCUUCGGGCUACAACCCCACCGACCGAGCAUCGUCCUCCGAUCUCGACCACUCCGACAUGGAACAAGAUUACCGCAAGCUGGCCUUUGGAAGUCACAAUGCCAUGUCCCUCUCGCCGCAGAGCUACGCCAGUGCCAGCGACUUUGAGUUUAGCGCGACGCCAAUCGAUCUCGACGCUAGCGGCAUGUUCUCGACACAAUCAUCGUCAAUGCCCGACUUUUCAUCACCGUGGGCGGCGGUACCGAAGGCGCAGCAGCAGCAGCAACAACCGCAACAGCCACAGCAAUCGCCCGUUGCCAUGUCCAUGUCAUUUAUGCAGCCCCCGAGCUCACUACAAAACAUUGUCAUGAUGAAUCAGGAUGCCCUCGACGCCGAUUUUACGAUCAAGCCCGACGACAUUUUAACAUACGCCAGUCCCGAUGUUAUGAUGAGCAUGGCGGACCCCAUGAUCUAUGCCGGCUUCGACAAUGAAAAUAUGAGAAUCUAG